UCCGACAGACUUGUGCGCUGGUGGCGAUUUCAUGAGACACUGGGAGACACCGGGGCAGUACAACAAGGCAGACCGACAGCCAUUUUAACAUUAUAACCGGCAAGCAGCAUUCACCACACGAAUAAGAAAUUAUAUAAAAGGAAAUAUGGGCCAGUGCGGUAUUACGUCUUCGAAGACAGUUCUGGUUUUCCUUAACCUAAUAUUCUGGGCGGCAGCUGGCAUUCUGUGCUACGUCGGCGCCUACGUCUUCAUCACAUAUGAUGACUACGAGCAUUUCUUCGAGGACGUGUACACACUCAUCCCCGCCGUCAUCAUCAUCGCCGUUGGGACCCUCCUCUUCAUCAUCGGGCUGAUCGGCUGCUGCGCCACGAUACGAGAGAGCCGCUGUGGCCUGGCAACAUUUGUGAUAAUCCUGUUGCUGGUGUUUGCUACUGAAGUCGUGGUGGUGGUUCUAGGUUAUGUUUACAGAGCAAAGGUUGAAGAUGAGGUCGAUUCCUCCAUCCAGAAGGUGUACGAGGAGUACAACGGGACAAACUCAGAUGCCCCCAGCCGUGCCAUCGACUACGUGCAGAGACAGCUUCACUGCUGCGGCAUUCACAACUACUCAGACUGGAGGAACACGCGCUGGUUCAAGGAGGUCAGGAACAACAGCGUCCCCAUCAGCUGCUGCAGGCCUGGCAUCGUAAACUGCACCGGAUCCCUCACCCGCCCGGGAGACCUCUACCCGGAGGGCUGUGAAGCACUUGUUGUGAAGAAAUUGAAGGAGAUCAUGAUGUACGUCAUCUGGGCGGCCCUGACAUUUGCGUCAAUACAGAUGCUGGGCAUGCUGUGUGCCUGCGUGGUUCUGUGCCGGAGGGGUCGCGACCCUGCCUACGAGCUGCUGGUGAGCGGCAGCACAUACGCCUGAAGAGGAGCGAAGUCUGAAGCCAGCCCCCCCCACCCCCUCCCUCCCCAACAGUCCCUCUCUGCUCACUCUGCACACCGGGCGCGGGCGGGGAUCCUAUUUAUUUACACGCAUCAUAAACUGCUCUUUUAACCUAAAGUAUUUCAAAACCGCUGUAAAAUAGUGAUGGCCAGUGUCUGAAAUGGCAUUAAAACAUUUGUAUUUUUUGGCUGUUGGGGAACCCAUACUUUUGUAUAGGACGUUUGGCGGCUCCUGUUGGCAACUGGAAUCUACUGUAUGAAGUGAUAUUUGGAAUGUCUUAUUUCCUCGCGUGGCAGUUUGCACUAUGUCUAGGGUUCGGGGGAUAUUUUAUAAAUAUGAAAUGACGUACACACUAUAAAUAUUUUCAAGAUGGCCUUCUGCUUUAUGAGUCCUGGCUGUGGCAGGAGUCCUGUUAGUGUAACUCGCAGAGGGACCCUGUGUCAAGACGGUCCAGUCAAACACUGCUAAAUUGUCCCUGAUGUUUUUCUUGUUCUUGGGGAUCCAGCACUCCACUUACGUAGUUUGAAAACGGACUGUAUUUUCGAAUUGACCAAUUUGCACUGCGUAGUACGUUGUGAAAAAUCACACCAUUUCAUUUAUUUUUUUCUUCCGUUCUGUGUUCCUUUGUGACGUCAAGUGGACUGGUAGGAAUUAGAUUUGAUUUGAAGAUGUAACUACAUAGAGUAACACGCCCCGAUGUAAAAACUGAAGUCAAUGUAAAUAGAUUAGGGAGAGAAACUUUCAUGAAAUUAAUCUGUAAAUUCCAAAUAAAAAACAAACCUUUUUGUCCCACAGAA